AUGAGAAAAAGGCUACGCGUUGAUGGGAGGCACCUCGCCCACCCUACUCGCUCUCGGUGUUUUCAAGCUAUCCACGCCGUGUUCGUGAAAGAGGACAGCAAACGCGAGCUUAUAGGAAAAUUCAUAGCAUUUCUACUGGGACAGCAUCACUAUUAGCUGCACAUCGACAUGGGCUCCGCAAUAUCGUUCGUUACGCACGAUUUACCGGCCUUCAUAGGGCAGACGUUCCCGCCAGCGGCGAAAUGGAGCACAGACCAAAUCCCUGAUCUAACCGGGUUCGUGUGCAUAGUGACCGGCGGUAAUAUCGGGAUAGGGAAGGAGACCGUCAAGGCGUUGCUCCAGCACAAUGCGAAGGUUUACCUCGCCGCAAGGUCUCAGCAGAGGGCCGAUGAGGCUAUCAAGGAUUUGCAGAAAGACACCGGCAAAGAAGCCAUCUUCUUGAAGCUCGACCUAUCCGACCUCAAGGCUAUCAAGGCGGCAGCGGAGGAGUUCCUGAGCAAGGAGACCAAGCUUCAUAUUUUGUUCAACAACGCCGGUGUCAUGUCUUGCCCCGUCGACCUCACCACCGCGGACGGCUAUGACCUCCAAUUUGGCACCAAUGUCCUAGGCCACUUCUACUUCACGAAGCUGCUCCUCCCCACGCUGCUCUCCACCGCCGAAACCGCGCCGAAGGGCACGGUCCGCAUCAUCAACACCUCCUCCGCCGCGCACUACAUGUCCGGUCUCGAUUUUGCGACUUUCAAGGACGGCCCGAAGCGGCGUAAGCAAAACACGGACCUGCUCUACUGCCAGAGCAAACUCGGCAACGUCGUGUUCACGAACGAGCUCGUCCGUCGCUACGCCGAUAAGGGCCUGAUCUCCAUCUCGGCGCACCCGGGCGUCAUCCGCUCGAACCUAUGGCAGCAUUCGCCCAAGCUUACGACCAAGAUCAUGGGUUCGGUUAUGCACCCGGCGUCGAAGGGUGCUCUGACACAGCUCUAUGCGGGCACGGCUCCCGAAGCUGCGGAUCUGAACGGCAAGUACCUGGGCCCGUGGGCGAAAGAGUGGAGCCCCAAGCCAUUGUCCAACGACCCGAAGCUCGGAAAAGAACUCUGGACCUGGCUGGAGGAGCAGGUCAAGGACCUUUAGGACGUUUAUCGGCGUGUUGGGAACCAGAACGUCGCCUACGCUCGUAUACCCUCAAUAUACCUUCCUACUGCCAGGGAAUUCGAACGGUUGUAUGUUUUUGAUUAGAUCGACAACGUGUACCAAGCUCGGAAUGGCGUCUCCCUUUUCGAGCUGAUGUGUUCAGCAUGAACGUGUCGCUGUCGAAGGUGGAACGGCCAGAAGAUGGCUGAACCAG